CCAAAGCAAGGCGCUCGACUCAUAUAUGAGGAAGCUUCGCCACACGUUUUAAGGCACCAGUGUGUACGGGACCUGACGUGACGCGGCAGUGGGGCUGGCUUUCCUCCACUCUGCCUGCAUUCAUAAACGGAUAUGAUAAACCAGCGUUGAAUGCACCGGAGAAGUGAUAACAGUCAGCUCUUACCAUGGCGGAAGAGGACGACGCGGGGAUUCGGAUUUUACAGAGCCUGCGGGGUAAAAUAUGUGAAGCCAAGAACCUAGGUCCAGUCUCAGGCCCAAAUCGACAAAGGGAUCUCUGCACCUUUUGCACCAUAAGUCUGGAUCAGGAGGAGGUGUUCCGCACCAAGGUGUUUGACAAAAGUGUCAGCCCUUUCUAUGGAGAGGACUUCUACUUUGAGAUCCCACGACCAUUUCAGUGUUUAUCCUUCUAUGUUUAUGCCAAGAGUGUUUUUCAAAGGGACCUACCUGUUGGCAAGGUGUCAAUCCGGAAGGAUGACCUGUGUAAAUACAGUGGGAAGGAGCACUGGUUUAGCCUUCAUCCGGUAGAUCCAAACUCAGAAGUCCAGGGUAAGGUUCACUUGGAAAUGCGAUUGAAUGAAGUGAUCACAGAGAACGGCUCAGUAGGUCAACACUUACUAGUCCGGAUAAUAGAGUGCCAGGGACUGCCUUUGAUCAGUGGGCAGAACUGUGACCCCUAUGCCACAGUAUCACUCGUUGGACCUGCCAGGUCUGACCAAAAGAAAACAAAGGUAAAGAAGAAAACCAGCAACCCUCAAUUUGAAGAGACCUUCUUCUUUGAGGUCACACGGUCCAGCAGCUACUCAAAAAAGUCUCAUUUCCAAGUGGAGGAGGAGGACAUCGAAAAACUUGAGAUCAAAGUUGAUUUGUGGAACAACGAGAAUCUGGCUCAGGAUGUGUUUCUGGGGGAGACGCGGGUCCCUGUCAAGAUCCUACAAAAUGACCGUAUCCACAAAGCCUGGUAUCUCCUCCAGCCCAAAGGGAACGGCAGCAAGUCCAAGUCUGAUGAUUUGGGAUCCUUGCGUUUGAAGCUGACCUACAUAGAAGACACGGUGCUGCCAUCUGCCUACUACACACCACUCUGCAACCUGCUGCUUAAAUCCCCAGAUGUGAAGCCCAUCUCAGCGUCCGCAGCACACAUUUUGGGGGACAUCUGCAGAGAGCGAUAUGAGGCUGUUCUGCCCACGGUUCGACUGCUGCUCCACCACAAUCGCUGUGUGCCUUUUGUCUCUGCUGUGGCAGCACUAGAGCUGGACAACACUCAGGAGGCUAACACUAUAUUCCGUGGCAACUCACUGGCGACACGCUGCAUUGAUGACAUGAUGAAGAUUGUGGGAAAGAAUUACCUGGCAGUUACCCUGAAGCCUGUAAUAGAUGAGAUUUGUGAAUCCAACAAAACAUGUGAGAUAGACCCGGUUAAACUAAAGGAAGGAGACAACGUGGAGGUCAAUAAGGAGAACCUUCAGGGUUAUGUCCAGAAAGUCUUUUCUUCCAUCACCCAGUCAAGUUCCAGCUGUCCCCCACUUAUGUGUGAUGUCUUCAGGUCACUGAGACACUUGGCCUGCAAACGCUUCCCAGCUGACCCACAUGUUCAAUACUCAGCCGUUAGCAGCUUUGUUUUCCUGCGGUUCUUCGCCGUUGCUGUUCUUACUCCACACUCCUUCCAGCUCCGUUCCCACCAUCCUGAUCCUGAGAUUUCCCGCACACUCACACUCAUCUCUAAAACAAUCCAGACGCUGGGCAGCUGGGGUAGUUUGUCAAAAAAACUGUCUAGUUUCAAAGAAACCUACAUGUACGACUUCUUCAAAUCAUUCCAAGAAGACAAGUGUAUCGAAAAAGUUAAAAAGUUUCUUGACGAGAUCUCCUCUAACGUCAGCAAGGAGUCCAGUGGGCUGGAGGACGCAGUGGUUCUCAAGGAGGGGGAAGUACAGAAACGUGCCCAGGGGAGAAAACGCCUUGGCAAGAAGAACUUUAAAAAGAGAUGGCUCAGAGUGACCAACAGGGAGCUCUCCUACCACAAACAUAAAGGAAAAGAGGCCCUCUGCAUCAUCAAUGUCAAAAAUAUCCAGGCGGUGGAGAAACUGGAUGAAAGUGCCUUUAACCGCAAAAAUAUGUUUCAGGUGGUCCACUCUGAGAAGCCUCUGUAUGUGCAAGCAGGAAACUGUGUAGAGGCCAGUGAGUGGUUGGAGGUCCUGGGCCCGGUCAGUCGCUGCAAUGAGGGACGCCUAUCCACCUUUCAUCCUUCAAAUUACAGCAGUGGAGCCUGGCAGUGCUGCAAAAGCCAAAGUAGCAAUGCACCAGGCUGUAAGCCCUGCACAACCACCGUGCUGGCCAACCUGCAGCUGGACAUAGACUGUGACCGGGAAACGGAGAGAAUAUUCUCCCUCCUCUCCUCAAACGAUACCAAGCUCCAGAACAUGGAGGAUGCAUGUGCCAGUAUGGCAGUGUACCAGGGCCCUCAGCGGGAGCAGGAGGACUACUCCAAGUUCACCAUUCAGGAACCCAAAGAGACCUUUCAGACACUCAAACAGCUCCGAAACAUCAUGGAGGAACUUCAGAGGCAGCACAACAUCAGGAGAGACACAACGGCACAGUACGGAAGCCUGGACAACCCCAUAGUAGGGAAAACCUCUUAACCCGGGAGGGAAGGUGGGGCCUGAAACAGCCAUACUGUACCAGCAGGUGUCAGUACACCACACAGAGCCUACGGUCCUAAAGGAGCCCCUGGAGUUGUCCCAGCGGGAACGCCCGCUGGUGUGUCCAGGAGAAGAGCAUACAAUACACCCUGACCUCCAGACAUCAUGAUUCCACUACAGCAGUGACCGCCUAAGAAGGGGAACCAGAACGAGCUCCUCUCCUCGGUCCUUGAAAUGAACGAACCCUUGCCUCAUCUCCUCCCCUCCUCUGGUCCCUUAUAAAGAGACACUUUCCUUGUCUUAA